AUGCGCAGUGUUCCCGUGUUCCGUACUAGUCGUGUCAACUCGUGUCGUGCGAUGUCCUCACAGGCUACGUGUUUUGUGAAAUCUGAAGCUCAGUGCAAAAAAGAAAAUCAUUUGCUGCAUUGCAAUUCGAAAACAAAUAAAAUCUUCAAGGGAAUGGCCUCAGAUAUGUUUAAACAGUUUUUUCUGCUUCUGCGAUCGUAUUUCGAUUUGUUUAUAGACUUCUUAUUCUCACUGUAUUGGGAAAGAUAUAGGCAAUCAAUACCGGAUCUGGAAAAGAAACAUGCUAUUUUAGCGGAAAGUGCUACAAGCUUGGCUGGAAAAAUACGCAACAAGGAGUUAAAAUCUGAAGAACUGAUACAAGCAUGCAUCGAAAGAAUAAAACUCGUGAAUCCUAUACUAAACGCUGUGACGGACGAUAGGUUCGAAGAGGCGUUGAAAGAGGCCCAAGAGGUGGACCGGUCUAUCGAAGCCGGCCAGGCUGACUUCGAAAAGAAACCUUUCCUAGGGGUUCCGUUCACCGCGAAGGAGAGCCAUGCCGUGGCGGGGAUGCUGCACACGCUGGGCAUCUCUAUGAGGCGGCACGUGCGUGCCCACGAGGACGCAGAGUGCGUACGCCUGCUCAGGGCGGCUGGCGCCAUUCCUGUCGCGGUCACCAACGUGCCGGAGAUCAACAAGUGGCAGGAGACCCGCAACAUGGUGUUCGGCCAAACGGCCAACCCCUACCACACGGGGCGGACGGUGGGGGGCUCCAGUGGGGGGGAGGCGGCGUUGUCUGCCGCCAUCGCAUCACCCAUCUCGCUCUGUUCUGACAUCGGCGGAUCGACCCGGAUGCCGGCGUUCUACUGCGGCCUCUUCGGCUUGAAUCCCACCGCAGGAACCACCAGCCUCAAAGGGUCUGCGCUGCGCUCCGGACUGGAGCCAACCAUGGCCUCAGUGGGCUUCAUCAGCAAGCACUCCCAAGACCUGGCGCCGCUCACGGCCGUUCUGCUCAACGACGAGGACAAACAGAAGUUGGGCAGGAAGGUCAACAUCGAGGACAUCAAGUUCUUCUACACUGAGAGCGCGCAAGACCUUCGCGUCAGCCCCCUCAGCCAGGACCUCCGCAAGGCCAUGAACCGCGUGGUGGAGGGCCUCCGCGAGGGUGGUUUCGGCGGUGGGGGUGGGGCUGGGGCCCGGCGCUACGACCACCCCGGCUUCCAGCACAUGUACGCCCUCUGGCGGCACGCGAUGACCAAGGAGGCGGAGAGCUUCUCCCAUCUCCUGACCAACAACCAGGGGAAGGCUAACGGACUGCUGGAGCUGCUGAAGAAGCUGAUUGGAUUUUCCGCGUACACGCUGGCUGCCAUCUUGAAGUUGCUGGACGACCAGGUCCUGCCGCGAGUAGACCGCGACUGGGCCGAGAAGACCACCAAAGAACUAAGAGAGGACCUCGUGAGCACUCUAGGCGCGGAUGGCGUUCUGCUAUUCCCCAGCGCCCCCGCCCCCGCCCCCUACCACUACUCGCUCUACUUACGCCCCUUCAACUUCGCCUACUGGGGAGUGUUCAACGCGCUCAAACUGCCCACCGCUCAGGUGCCUCUGGGGCUGAACGCCGCGGGGCUUCCCCUGGGCGUGCAGGUGGUGGCGGGGCCCCACCAGGAGGCGCUCUGCCUGCAAGUGGCGCGGCUCCUCGAGGACCAGUUCGGCGGCUUCGUGCCCCCCUGCCGCGUCCCC